AUCUAUCUUCCUAUCUUUUCCUCCCUCUUCAUUCUAUUCAAAUUCAAUUGAUCUUUUCUUUCCCAUCUUGCAAAGAUUCAGAGAUUCGAACAACUUCCCAUCUCAAAGGCGCACCACAAAUCUGUCGAGUCCAGGUCACAAGACAUUGGGCAAGCGCGCAUUGUUACACCGAGCCAGGUAGUUCGUUGGUUGUCUGCAGAUUUUCUACUGCGCUGCAGGUGCUGAGUCAAAUCUAUCCGUUCUCUUGCUCAUUCAUUGAACUAUCAUCACCUCGCCUCGGCUCGCCUCUGCCCAAUCCCUACAUAAGCUUACCUAUUACCGGAACUCUACGCUGCAAGCAGCUUUGGAAGCACCCAACGUUAACAUGGCUAUUGAAGUUGUCCCCCUCACAGAGGCCGACAUCCCCGACGCUAUCGAAAUUAUCCAAUCGGCCUUCGCAGAGGACCCAUAUUUCAAAUGGGUGUUCGAUGCUGCCAACUUCAAUAAAGAGCGAAACCAUGACUCCCUCGCCGUCCGAUGCCGUUGGGGCAUCAACAACGCCAUCUUUCAAGUCGCCAAGGAGACAGCGCAUGACGACACGGGCGAUGCGACCGGCGACCGAACGGCCACCUCGCGUGUCGUGGGUGUCUCCUGCUGGCUUCCGCCCCAUUCACCCUCGGAGCCCGAGAGCUGGUAUACCUGGUCGCAGGGGUGGUUGCUCACUGCUCGCCAGGCAUUGAACAACCUGCGCCAUUGGGGCCGCGGUGGGCUGCGCACGAAUCGCUAUUGGAUCUGGAAGGCCCGUCAGCAUGAGGCCCAGAGCCAGAUCUGGGACGACCCCAAGGGGUAUUAUUUCUGUAAUAUCGUGGCCGUCCGGCCGGGCACGCAGGGGAAAGGUAUUGGUCGGAAGCUCUUUGAGGCAGUGACGGAUAAGGCGGACCAGGAGGGGGUCAAAUGCUACCUGGAGAGCUCGCGGAAUGAGCCCAACGUUCAGAUUUACGAGAAGAUGGGAUUCGAGAUGAAAAAAGAGAUGGAGUGUAGGGAUGGGGAGGAUGUGUGCAUGCUCUAUUGUAUGGUGCGCAAGCCGAGGUCGAAAUAUUGAAGAAAAGCGACAACGGCAAGGAGGCGGAGUUGAAUUCCACCCACACCCACAGCGUUUGCUUAUCUUACACGCGAUGGCGCAGCACAAAUCGUAUUAUGUACAGUACUAAACGCAACUAGAUUACUAUGGAUGGAACCACUGCCUACUAAUCAACGAACGCAUGUUCUUGUUCAACUGAGACAUGAACGUGGCUUUGCGACCGCAAAAGUUGUUGGUCUGACUCAAGAAGCUUAGUCUAGUGCCAGGCUUCCGGCAUAGACUGCAUGAACCGGCAUCGUCUCAACUCCUUCUUUUCGUUCCAUGUGAAUUCGUUUCGAUGGGGCAACCCCUUCUUGGGUUUUUUAGUGAAAACGGCGAACCGUUUGGUCGGGGAGCCACUGACAAAACCGAAACCCGGGGUAGUUACAGUAUGUUUACACGCUUGAAACUUGGUUGCCACUGC